CAGGCAACCUUUCCCUCCAUCGUCUCAUCUUCUCUUUAUCUUCUUCCACACAGGUGAGGGUAAGUCGGUUACGAUCGUCAUGUUGGGGGUGUUCAGCGGGGAGGUGGUGGAGGUGCCGGCGGAGCUGGUGGCCGCCGGCAGCAGGACGCCGUCCCCUAAGACACGAGCGUCGGAGCUGAUCAACCGAUUCCUCGGGAGCUUCGCUCCCGCGGUGUCGAUCCAGAUCGGGGACUUGGGACACCUCGCCUACUCCCACGCCAACCAGUCCCCCUUCGCUCCCAGGUUGUUUGCAGCGAAGGAUGAGAUUUACUGCCUCUUCAAGGGAGUGCUGACCAACCUGGGCAGCUUGAGGCAGCAGUAUGGGCUUUCCAAGAGUGCCGACGAGGUGGUGCUGGUGAUCGAAGCCUACAAGGCCCUCCGUGACCGAGCUCCCUAUCCUCCCAGCUUCAUGCUCGCACACCUUACUGGCAACUUCGCCUUCGUGCUCUUCGACAAGUCCACAUCAUCCAUCCUUGUUGCAUCUGACCCAGAUGGAAGAGUACCCUUGUUCUGGGGGAUCACUGCAGAUGGAUGCCUUGCCUUUGCUGACGAUCUAGACUUGCUGAAGGGAUCGUGCGGGAAGUCACUUGCACCAUUCCCUGAAGGAUGUUACUAUUCGAAUGCCUUGGGGGGCCUGAAAAGCUAUGAGAACCCCAAGCACAAGGUGACUGCUGUUCUUGAAGAUGAGGAAGAAGUAUGUGGUGCCACUUUCAAGGUGGAAGGAUCUGCAGUUCUUGCGGCAACGCACUAAUCAAGGAACAUCAUGCGACUGUUGGGGCAAAUGAUCACUCUUUAGAAUCAUAAAAGUCAUGGAGUUCCUGACUAUGUAAAUUAUAUGGUGGGAGUCGUGAGUUUGCACUAGCAGGUCUGUCUGUCUCUCUGUUUGCCUCCUUGGGUUGUUCUAAAACUUUCUCCGAGUAGUUGUCUUUGUUAUCUUCAUGUACUCUACUCUAGUAAUCUUCCUUAUCUGCUGCA